AUGUCGCGAAAGCAGGAGCAUCAUGACUACAGCCUCCGGAGUAUGAGCAACCUGAUGGGCGAGCGCUGGAGGAAAGUGAGCGAUGGAGGCGAGAGGAGUCUCAUCAAAGCUCCAUCCUCAGCCAGCAUCACCAGCGCCACCGCCACCACCGCCGCCACCACCGCCGCCACAGCCCCCGGUGCGCUCUCCUCCGCCUCCUCCAGCUCCUCUGCGCACGCCUCUGGAGCCUCAUCCGCGGCCCCAGCCCCGACCUCCACCGGGGACCUGGAGCGAGCCGCGCGUAAACAGUUCACCCAAGACGUCACGCCGGGUUUCGUGUACGUCCUGGCUGCUUUCUCCGCGCUGGGGGGGUUUCUGUUCGGGUACGACACCGGGGUGAUCUCCGGGGCGAUGCUGCUGCUCAAACGGGAGCUGGGUUUGAGCGCGCUGUGGCAGGAGGUGCUCAUCUCCAGUACGGUCGCUGCCGCCGCUGUGUCCGCGCUGCUCGGGGGGUUUCUCAACGGGCUCUUCGGGCGCAGGGUGUGCAUCCUCUUGGCCAGCUUUCUCUUCACCAUCGGGGGGAUUGUACUCAGCACCGCGCCCGGGAAAGAGGCGCUUCUGGCGGGGAGGCUCAUCGUUGGAGUUGGUCUGGGCGUCGCGUCCAUGACUGUGCCCGUGUACAUCGCUGAAGCUUCCCCUCCUCACCUCCGGGGGCAGCUCGUCACCGUGAACAUGCUCUUCAUCACGGCCGGACAGUUCACCGCCAGCCUCAUCGACGGAGCGUUCAGCUACCUGCAGCGCGACGGGUGGAGGUACAUGCUGGGCCUGUCUGUGAUCCCGGCCGUGCUCCAGUUCGUGGGGUUUCUGUUCUUGCCGGAGAGCCCCCGGUGGCUGAUCCAGUGCGGCCUCACCCAAAAGGCGAGACGGGUCCUGAGUCAGAUCAGAGGAAACCAAAAUAUCGAUGAGGAAUAUGACAGUAUCAAGAACAGCAUCGAGGAGGAGGAGAAGGACAGUGGAGGAGAGGGGCCGGUGAUUUGGCGGAUGCUGACCUAUCCCCCGACACGACGCGCCCUCAUCGUGGGCUGUGGGCUUCAGAUGUUCCAACAGCUUUCAGGCAUCAACACAGUCAUGUACUACAGCGCCACGAUCCUGCAGAUGUCGGGGGUGAGGGACGACAGGUUGGCCAUCUGGCUCGCCGGACUCACCACUCUCACCAACUUCCUGUUCACGCUGCUCGGGGUGUGGCUGGUGGAGAGAGUCGGACGUCGGAAACUGACUCUGGGCAGUAUCGUAGGAACGUGUCUGAGCCUGAGUUUGCUCGCGGUCGGGUUCCUCCUCUCCGCUCAGCACAGUCCCCCCGUCACGUUCCACCCUCUGGACCCCGCCACGGCCAACUCCACCUGCAACAAGUACCAACUGUGUGAGCCGUGCAUGCUGGAUCCCGGUUGUGGGUUCUGUUACCGUGAGAACGGCUCCUCGUUGCUCACCUCCUCCUGUGUCCCCGUCAAUAAAGCCUCUACGGAGCAUGCGGCGUGGGGCAGAUGCUCAAACAUAAGUCAGAAGGAGCACGCGUACUGGGCCUACAACUACUGCCCCACCUCCUACUCGUGGCUCGUUCUGUUGGGACUGGUGCUCUACCUGGCUGCGUUUGCCCCUGGUAUGGGCCCGAUGCCUUGGACCAUAAACUCGGAGAUCUACCCCCUGUGGGCCAGAAGCACCGGGAACGCCUGUGCAGCCGGAGUCAACUGGAGCUUCAACGUCCUCGUGUCCCUCACCUUUCUGCACCUGGCCCAGUACCUCACCUACUACGGAGCGUUUUUCCUCUACUCCGCGAUGGCGCUGCUGGGGCUGAUCUUCAUCUUCGGCUGCCUCCCUGAAACCAAAGGCCGUCGUCUGGAGGAAAUCGAGGCUCUGUUUGAAAACCAGCUGUGCUCCUUUGGCGUUUCCGACUCCGACGAGGCUCGACAAGUGGAGUACAUCCGGGUCAAAGGGUCAAACUACCACCUAUCUGACAACGAUGCCUCCGACGUGGACUAG